GGGUCCUGGCCCCAGUUCCAGCCCCUCGGACACUGCGUCUUUGGAACCCGUGGCCCCCAGAGCCUCUACGCCAACCCCCAUCCCUGGGGAGAAGCUCCCUCUCAGCUGGAGGGCUUGGUGGCUGGACACUGGCCAUGGCCAUCUGCCCUGCUUCCCCAGAGCCUGACCCUGCCCAGCCUCCAGCCGGCCCUGCGCGGUCUGUGAAUGGGGAGCGUUGAGGCACGGGGACUUAAACCAGCCGUCCGUCUGCCCGUGACUGCUGAGUCAGCCCUGCCCUGCCCCGAGGGCUCCGUCACCCAGCAGGACUGUGGCGUGUGACAGACCGACACCAGGCCACUGAGACCCAGCCAGCCAGAGCAGAGGGCCUUUUGUGGAGCAGCAGCGACGUGGCCCUGCCCCCCCACGCCGUGUCCCCCUCCACAGCUCCCUGUCCCCUCGCUCCGGGCCUGGCUGUCUGGGGCUCCUGGUCGCCUGACUGAGGCCUCCUUCACUUCAGACCUUUGCACAGGGUGGGGCACACAGCAGGGGCUUCAUGUAUGCCCACCUGGCAGCACGGAGUGGGCCCAUGCUUGUCCUGGGCUGUGUGGCUGAGCUCCAGGACAGCUCUGUUCAGGGGCCCGUCUGCCCAUAAGUUGUGGUCAGACCUCUGGGACACAGGACUCCUGUGUAGACAGUAGGUGCUCAUACGUGUAUGUCACAGGCUUUGGGCAUGCUUUCACGUGCCAGGGCCGUGGCUGCUCCCGUGGCGACUGGGGCAGGGCCCUCCUUGGCCUGGGCAGGGCUGACUCUAAUCGACCUAAGGACCUAGGCCGAGGUCAGAGAGUCAUGUGCGGUCCCUGGUGUCCCCGUCCUCAGCCAGUAGAGCAGCCCAACCUGGCGGUGCCUGGUGGGCAGGUGGCCCGGGGCUGACUGCAUGCUAGUGGCACAGGCUGGUCACUGCUGGCUGCCGCCUGCCGCGUCCCCUGGCUGCGGCUGCCUGGGGCUGCCCUGGCUCUGUGCUGAGGGCUGGCAGAAUGUCGUGGGUCACCAAGAGAAGGAGAGGGAGGACGUGCCAGUCACCAGCCAGGAGCCUGAGAGCCCCACCCUGGCCUCGGCACCCCCCACAACAGGGUGCGGGGACGGCUGCAGAGGGGGUGGCCCUGGGCGGAUGGCCCUCAGGGCGGGGUGCAGGGGAGGGGCCGGCUCCCCAGUUAAUGUCACACCAGGUCCAGAGUCUGCUGGGGGUGCUGGGGGCAGGAGCCAGUCAGGUGCCCAGGGAGGGGAGGAGGGCCCCUGCCAGGCCCGCCUGCCACCGUCACCCGCAGGGGAUCCCUGCUCCGCAGCACUCGGCCCUGAGUUCUGGCUCGCGCUCAGCCAUGAAGACCCUGGGGACGCUGGUCGUACUGGGAGCCUGGCUCCUGCCACCUGCCCAGGCCCAGGCCCCUGAGCGGCGGCUGAAGCCCUGGCUGGUGGGCCUGGCGGCGGUGGUGGGCUUCCUGUUCAUCGUCUUCGUCCUCAUGCUGGCCAACCGCAUCUGGUGCUCCAAGGCCAGAGCUGAGGACCAGGCGGACGCCGUGAGGAUGGAGCCUAAUGUGUACCAGGACGUGAACCCCAGGGAGGGAGGCGGGAAGAAGAAGGGGAGGAAGAAGGACCAGGAGGGCGGGGAGCACAACCUGGGGCUGGAGCUGGCCGAGGACCUGGAGGCGGCCAAGAGGACGGCCCUGUGAGGAGCCUGCACCGGGAGCCCUGCCACGUCCUGCACGCCACCGGGAUCCAGAGUGCUGUGUCCCCAGAGAAGAGGGCUGUCCUGUCCCCCAGGAGGGCUCCCAUAGGACCUGGACUCGGCGUCCUGGCCACCUGGGUCCUGCCCUGUGACUCCUCCUCCUCCAUGCGCCCUGGCCAGGGAGAGACUUCCAAGUCCCCACAGUCUCAUGCGCCACCUGUUCCUACCACUGCCUACUUCCUUCCCCUCCGCCCGCUGUUGGGCCAGACGUGCCUCCCCAGAGGCAUGGGGCAGGGUCCCAGGUUUCCUCCAAGGGCUCCAAUAAACCACCUGCAGGACCUUCAAAGGCC